AUGUCUGCGUCGCUUCUCACUCUUCCAGCUGAGAUUCGGCAGAUGAUUUUGAAAUUUGCGUUGACUGGUGAACACCACUGCCAACCAGACCUAGCCCUUCACGGGAAGGACGGCGAUUUAUUGCUCAGCUGGAAGAAGGUGCCGUCAUCAGAAUACGAUCUUCUCGGAUGCCAGAACCCGCUUCUACCGCUGCUGCUCGCCUGCAAAGUCAUCAACCAGGAGACAAAGUACCUAGAGCAUGGCUAUGUUUUCGAGCUGCCGGAUUCCAGCCUCCACCGCUUCUCUCGCAAACUUCGCCGUUAUCCAGACUGGAAUUCGUCUAUCUUCCUGAAGCUUCGGCGCAUACGCAGCUCCUACUAUACUUCAGGUAUCGAAGCCGUCUGCGUUGGAAGAGGUGGGCUUUACCAGGAUCGAGGAUUACAAGGCCUCUGGGAUGCCCCAAUGUCGGGUCUAGCUAAGGGUGUCGAUGCGGAGGUGAAGCUCCUCGAAGUGGAUGGCAGCCCUCUUCGCGAUCCCUACGCCGGUAGGGGUUCUUCUUCUUACGUCAAGAAGAAGUAUACGGUGGAAGUGCAAUUCACUGAGCUCCUGCCACCGAGACCCUGCCCAUCCAGAGACCUCCCACCGAGGACUCUCCCACCGAGCUUCUCCCACCGAGACACCUGCCACCGGGACAUCUCCGACCGCGAUAAUCUAUGCAGCUUGAACUAA